UCUAUCGUCAACCAACGUCCAAAGCUCACUCAGCGACAUUCACCACAUCCAUUGUCCGUUCUGAACUCUCCUUCGAGCGAGUCCUUGAGAGUAGAGAUAUGUCUGUCCUCUGAAUAAUCUUCAGCUCACUUUGAUUCUAAUUUCAGUCACUCCUUGCUUUUUAUCUUGCUAAUACGGAAGCAACAUUUCCAUUUCCACAUUCGGACGAUUCCUAGAGGCAUGUGUGGCAACAUUUACAUCAACUCUUCUUCGACACUCUUUCCAUCCCCCUCCUAAACGACUAUCAAGAUGCCUGCGGUACGAAGAUGGCGCGUCGCUGCCCUGACGAUAGUCUUCACAGUUACCUGCCUCUAUUACCUGACCCACGAGCGCAAUGUCUGGAAUUAUGGCUACACUCCCUACAUCCCCGCUCUUCCAAAACCAUUUGCUGAUGACGGGCAUGUACAUUGGUCGAAACUGCCUGAGCGAUACCCAGUCACUUCAUAUAUUGCCUUGCCAUCAGGCAGGCCGAAGACAAUUCCCCCCAUUCAAGUCAAACAACCAGCAGAAGAUGUCAAAGCCAAGGAAGUACGUCUGCAAAGAAGAGAGGCUGUGAAAGAAAGCUUUACGCAUAGCUGGAAAGGUUACAAAGACCACGCCUGGUUGCGAGAUGAAGUUGGUCCUAUGUCUGGAAACUACAAGGACACAUUCGGAGGAUGGGCAGCUACGCUGGUCGAUGCGCUCGAUACAUUAUGGAUUAUGGGCAUGAAGGAAGAUUUCGAAACCGCUGUGAAUGCUGCGCAGGAGAUCGAUUUUACCACUACAGAGUCGAAGGAUGUAAAUGUGUUUGAAACGACAAUCAGAUAUUUGGGAGGCUUCUUGGCAGCUUAUGAUAUCAGCGAGGGGAAAUAUCCGCUAUUACUUGCUAAAGCUGUGGAGGUUGGCGAAUUGCUGAUGAGCUGUUUUGAUACUCCCAAUCGGAUGCCAAUUACAAGAUGGGAUUGGCAGAAAUAUAUGAAAGGAACAGCUCAGACUGCUCCUCAGAGGAUGCUUGUCUCCGAACUUGGUUCUUUGAGUUUGGAAUUCACCCGACUUUCCCAAUUGACAGGAGAUCCAAAAUACUACGAUGCGGUCCAACGAAUAGGUGAUGAGUUCGAAAAGUCUCAGAACUCUACCCAGUUGCCAGGUCUUUGGCCGAUUAGCAUUGAUGCUUCCAAGCCAUCAUUUAGUGAAGAUACCAUGUUUACACUUGGUGGCAUGUCUGACUCGCUUUACGAGUACUUUCCAAAACAGUACCUGAUUCUUGGCGGGCUACUGUCCCAGCCAAAGACUUUGUACGAAAACUUUAUCGAGGUCGCCAAGAGCAAGAUGUUUACCCGAAUUUACAAUCCCAAGAAUGAGAAUCUUACCAUAUCAGGUGAUAUACGUACGAAAAACAAGGAGCCUGAGCUUCAGCCUCGCACUCAACAUCUUACAUGUUUUGUAGGAGGAAUGGUUGGACUGGGUUCGAAAAUCUUCAAUCGCCCAGCAGACCUGUCCAUCGCCGAAGAGAUUACACAAGGUUGUAUUUGGGCAUACGAUAGCAGUCCAAACGGUAUCAUGCCAGAGAUUUUCAGUGUACUUCCUUGCAAGAAGAACUAUGAUUGCUCCUGGGAUGAACAGUAUUAUCAGGAUGCACUCAACGACCACUAUCCUUCUGCCAGCACGACGAACGCCGAGGACAAACAAACCCAUGUUCAGAAAGUCAUCGCUGACAGACGUUUACCGAAAGGUUUCACGAGUAUUGAUGACCGACGUUACAUCCUCCGACCUGAAGCAAUCGAGUCCGUCUUUCUCAUGUAUCGAAUGACUGGCAAACAAAUAUAUGCGGAAGCAGCAUGGCGCAUGUUUCAAGCAAUCGAGAAGGUCUCUCGGACUUCCAUCGCUGCAGCUGCGAUCAUGGACAUCACUCAACCACCUGGAGGCAGCGGCAAAGACGACGCAAACGAGGUAGGCAUUGAGGGCCAGAAAAUGGAUAGCAUGGAGAGUUUCUGGCUGGCAGAGACAUUGAAAUAUUUCUAUUUGUGUUUCGAAGAGUGGAAUGUGGUGAGCUUGGAUACAUUUGUAUUGAAUACGGAAGCCCAUCCAUUGAGAAGACCUCACGCAUAAGAGGCUGGUUCGGGAGCGGGCGCUGGACACGAGAGCAAUAUUUUAUACCCGUCAUUGAAAAGGGCAAGGAUUUGAGAACCCAUAUUUCAGUCGUACAAAUUAUUUAGUUUUGCUUGCUUGCCAGUAUAUUGG